UGGGCGUAUAUAUGCACAUGCGAAGUCAGUACGAGCAACCAGAUGGCACAAGCAGACCCCAAGGGCAAGCAGAGGACGAUCUCGCCCACCAUUGAGGAGACCCUGCUCGGCAAUGAAAGCGAGACGAGCUCAGGCGUCGAGUCUGAUGACUCUGGCGACAACAGGCGACAAAAGUCGAGACGAAAAGGCAGUCACAGAGGCAAGGAGCGGCCGCAGUACCUCUAUCAGGGUCAUCGUAGGAGCAGCUUCCUGACGGAUGACAUCAGCGAGCUGACAGAGCUCCGUGCAAGGCAACGCACUUUUGAUGGUGCCUACUUUCGCACUGCCCUCGGAAGCAUAUCAUAUGCUCUCGUCAUCCUGAAGAUCUUCGACAAUUCGUUCAUCACCAUUGGCUUGAUCUAUGUCAUCGUGGCAGGCCUGAUCUUCUUGCUGUCCAUCUUGCGACGACGACGGUCCAACCACGACUUUGCAGACGUACAUCGCUUGGAGGUAGCAGCCGAGCUCGAGGCGGCAGCUCGGAAAGCUCAAACGCGACUCAAGAGAGAUGUGCAACCACCCGAAUCGGCUCGACUGCUACAUCCGACGAGCUCGAGUCCCCGGAUGAUCUCAUUCGCCAUGCCGCCGUCGUUCGAACGAGAUGCGCUCGCUCGCUCAUGGACUGCGCCUGGCUCACCCCAGAACUAUGGCAGUCUGUCCACGAGCAGGCGAGCGAGAUCAUUCAAGAGCAAGCUCAGCAGCAGCCUCAAUCAGUUUAUCGAUGAUUCCUUCGUCACUCAAUCGCAGAGAGAGGCCGCCUUGCGCACUGAAGCAGAGGACGCGCGUCUCAGCGCACCGCCAGCCCGACCGCGUUCAGCUUGGCCCGAUCUGCUUGCUCAGCCUGGCGAAGAGACCUUUCUCAUGGAUUCGCCAGAGCUACAGCAGAGUCAGAGCAUACCCGAGGGCAGGACUGGCAGUCCGAAGCUAUCGAAUACGAGCAAGAUACCGGUGGUGCGGCGCAGAUUUGGUUCUUUGACCUCGCUCGCAUCCCUUGGUCGGCGGUCAUUGAUGGGCAGGUCAGAUUCGCCAACGCGUCAGUCACAGCCACAAGAGUCACAGCUGCCGAGAAUCUUUGGACGCAACUUCCGGACGUCUGGCGAUAUCGUGGUGCUUCUCAUUGUCUGCCUCAUCGGACUCGAGCUCGCGUUGUUCAUCCUGAUCUUGAAGAUUUGACAUGCUACAACAGGAGAGGCGUCACACCCUUCGAUGAUCAGACAUGACUCGGACGAUGCAGCCCGUGCCGGCAAUCUCUGUCAGCUUUCACAGAUCAGGCCCAGUCAGUUCAGAGGCAACGCGCGGUCAUGUGAGAAUGGCACACCUUUUCAUGCCAGCUGAGCAAGACAGCGCAAGAGUUGCCAGGGAUGAUGUUGCCAACCGGUGCGCCUGCUCCGUAC